CACCGCCCCUCCUGCCUCCGACUGCCACAUCGACCCCUCAAUCAUCAUCACCCCAUCCGGUGGUUCUCUUCGUCCUCUGCCAACAAUCUGUCCUCUACAACUUCCCUUGGCAGUGAGACGAUCACACUCACAACAACAUCACCAUUAGCAUUGCCAGCCACAAUGGAUGACAAGGUCAAGCAACAUUAUCUGGCCGACUCGCCUCCCACGGUAGUCCGCCUAGAAGUCAAGUCACAUUUCGAAAACCUAAAAGAUGCGAAGCUGCGCAAAUACGCGCAUUAUAUGAGCCGCGCCGCAUUUGAAGGAACUCGAAUCACAUUGCGUCAGGUCUCACCAGAGUCAGAGCCCAUCUACGACCUCAUCGUCGAACUUCAUCGGACUUGCAAUGGAGAUUGGACCAGCCUUGCCCAGAAAGCCAAUGUCAGUAAUGAGAAUCUUCAAUACUUUUUAGAAUAUUCCGCCCAGUUUCUCGGCAACUGCGGCAAUUAUAAAGGCUUCGGCGACUCCAAAUUCAUCCCUCGUUUGCCUGUUGAGGCAUUUCGAGCUUUAGCUUCUACCACUCCCCAGACCGAAGCUGCCUUCAACCGGGCCAACAGUACAGGAGGUGGCAUUUAUGAGACAGAUGUACAGUCGCGCAUGCACUUGGGUUACGCUGAGGGUAAUCAUAUGACUACCUAUUAUCCUGAUUCGCCGACAAUCACAAAGGAAGAAAUCACAGCAGUUGGGGAUCUCCUGGAGCAGAAAGGGCUGCCCUUGGAGAAUACGCGACUGAGGAAAACAGAGACAGGAGAUUUCGAGCUUCUGAUCGCUUCCGGCGUUUCGUCCCCCCCAGCGCGGGACCGAGAUUUGGGCGACGUCGACAGCUUCGAACUUGAUGGAAAGUUCGAGGGUAAGAAGCUCCGCCUUGUUUUCGGUGACCAUCAGGAGGAAAUGGCAAAGAUUGCCCACUGUAUCAAGCAAGCUUCUCUGAAUGCUGCCAAUGAUAAUCAGAAGAGGAUGCUGGAUGCUUACGCUUUAUCAUUUGGUUCUGGCUCCAUUGAGGCAUUCAAAGAAAGCCAGCGCAUCUGGGUAAAGGAUCAAAAGCCAGCACUGGAAACCAAUUUGGGUUUCGUCGAGACCUACAGAGAUCCCCAUGGUGUGAGAGGAGAAUGGGAAGGUUUUGUUGCACUGGUCAAUUUGGAGCGGACUCGCGCUUUUGGAAGGCUGGUUGAUAGUGCUGAGGCCAUGAUUCCCAAAUUACCAUGGGGCAAAGAGUUUGAAAAGGAUAAGUUCCUCAGUCCAGACUUCACUUCCCUCGAGGUAUUGAGCUUCCAGUGCUCUGGUCUCCCAGCUGGUAUUAAUCUUCCCAACUAUGAUGAUAUUCGGCAGACCCUUGGUUUCAAGAAUGUUUCUCUCGGGAAUGUUCUGAGUGCUAAGGCUCCCAACGAGCCCAUCCCAUUCAUCACCCACAAAGACUUGAAAGUGUACAGCGAAAACCGCGAUGCUGCCUUCGAGGUUCAGGUUGGCAUUCAUGAGCUACUCGGUCAUGGAACAGGCAAGCUGCUGCAAGAGACGGCUCCUGGGAAAUUCAAUUUUGAUAUUUCCAAUCCUCCCGUCAGCCCGGUGACUACUAAGCCUGUCACAACUUGGUACAAACCUGGCCAAACCUGGGGCUCCGUCUUCGGGGCUGUCUCUUCGUCUUACGAGGAGUGCCGUGCAGAAUGCGUUGCAAUGGUGCUUAGCUGUGACUUCGACAUCUUGAAGCUCUUUGGGUUUGGCGACGGUCAAGUGGACCUUUCAAACGAGGCGGGUGAUGUACUCUUCGCGGGAUACUUGUCGAUGGCUCGAGCUGGUUUGGUUGCGCUUGAGUUCUGGGAUCCCAAAACUCAGAAGUGGGGGCAGGCUCACAUGCAGGCCCGUUACAGUAUCCUACGGACUUUCCUCAAUGCUGGCGACAACUUCGUCAAGCUUUCCUAUAGCAAACCAGAUCUCUCUGAUCUAGAGAUCCAUCUUGAUCGCUCGAAGAUACUAACACAUGGCCGACCGGCUGUGGAGAAGUAUCUGCAGAAGCUGCAUGUAUACAAGAGCACUGCGGAUUUUGAAUCAGGCAAGAGGCUCUAUGAUGAAAUCACAUCCGUCGAUGCGUGGUGGGGGAAUGAAGUUCGCGAGGUGGUGCUUAGGAAUAAGGUUCCCCGCAAGAUUUUCGUCCAAGCAAACACCAUCCUGAAUGGAGAUCAAGUGGUGCUCAAGGAGUACGAACCUUCCCUCGAGGGAAUCAUACAGAGCUUUGUCGAACGAGAUCUGGGUCCCCGCGACCGGCGACCACCGAGUGAAGCUCUUGCAAUCAUUUCAACGGCAACGACAAAAGCUAGGCGCUCAAUUUCCAAUUCUGCCACAGACCCCGUCACCUUGUCGCGGUUACCGGUCUUUUCUGGCUCGCCUCCCACGGCGCGGCCGCAUCAUCGAACGACGGACUCCUCAAGGAAGGAAGACCAGGACGAGGACGAUUCCUAUAUUGCACCGCCGCCCCACUCUCCCUGCUCGGAGGCUUCCUCAUCCAAUUUAUUCUCGUCAAACCCUCCCCCAUUCUCGUCUCUUGUUUUCAUAGCCGCGUCCGAUUACAAUCGCGCAAAGAAUACUGUCACGCCGUCCGGCUCCACUCUUGACCCAGCUCUCGUUCCUUCACCCGUCGACGGGCGUCUUCGAACCGAACCGUCCUCAGCAGUAGUUGCGGAAUCGAAGGAUUCAUUCCCCCGAGACUUUAAACCAGAUUCUCCGGGAAAAUCCGCGGAAGACGGCGAGCCUCCUCCACCAUAUACCGAAGGAUCAAGUCCACUCGAAUCUUUCACAUACGUCAUGGCCGCUGCAGGAGGCGCGUCGAGUAUUAUCACCCAGGUACAGCAGGCUGGGGGCCCGCCGAUUAAUACUCUAGGAGAUAUUGGUGGAGAUGAGCACAUUACUCUAGACCUUCGAGGCACUCGGUUUACGCUUUCCCGUGAUGAACUAUUGACCCUGCCGGAGUUUGUCCUUUUAUCACUAUUUCCAAACGGCCUCCUUCCUGAUGGACACAUGGGCACUUUCCACGAAGGUGAUAUCUACCCGGUUGAUUAUGAUCCGGCUUCUCUGCAGUAUAUGCUGGAUUUCUUCCGCUCGGUUGCCCAUUCAAUUCCGUCAUCUUCACCAUCUUCGACCUCCCAGGAUGUGGACGUGGCUCCCGAUUCUAUGCAAACCUCCGCCAGAGAUAUGCUCCAGGACCGGGCUGGCAUCAUCGUCUUGCGCGAAGACUUGGACUUUUACGCGAUACCUCCUCGUCCAGAUAUAGAUCAUACAGAGAUGAUAGAAGUCAAGCGCGCUGCUGCUAAAGCACUGCUCAAGCAAGAUGGAAUAUUCUCUGGUUUAAGAAAAAGCGACGAAGUAGGUUCAACGGAGCAACAUUUGAUUGAGAUGCUUACUGCAGGCGGAUUUGAUCGUGAUGAUCGAUGGGGCCACCGUGCUCCGGAGCCCAAUAAGGCAGUCAUUUGUAGCUUGGCUUUAGCCAAGCUUAGGACUGACAUUCGGAGUGAUUUGGAAAACAGCAAUGCAGUGGGCAUGGCUCAAAAGCUCCUUUUAUUUUGGAGGAAACCAGCAAGAAGAUGUUGGUGGGAAGGUGUUGAGCUGCAUGAUGUGGAGGGGGUGGACGGCAAGGUUAAGAUUUGGAUUCGAAGAGUGUGGACACUGGAGAUGAGCGUAAUUGGGCUCCGGUAGCCAGCCACGGAGAUGCUUUUAUUUUCGAGGUCCUGAGAAUUUUCAAGCAUUUGUUUUGAUUUGCCUUCGUCGUGCAUUGCAUUUUCUCUCGCGACGUGGUUAGUGCAUGUUAGAUCCACAACGUCACCGGCACUUUUCGCUUGCUGUUUUAAUUUCUUUACUUGUGGAACUGGUGAUGUGCUAUCACAAUGCAGCGCUGCUCGUUCACGGGCUGGCAGGCGAGGAUAAUGGUGUUUCCACUCCACAUUAGGUAAUUAUGUGUAGGAUCUCCCGAUAGUCUUCAGUAAUCUGCUGAGUUGGGUAUGUGGUCCUUUACUGGGAGAGUGGCAUUUCUAUGAGGAGCUGCAGAAUCAUGAAAGCCUGCAUUCGUCAAAGACAUAUUCUGAAUCCGAAACUAAUUUAUUUUUUC